UAUCGCAUGCCGCAUGCACAUAUGCUGAAGCAUCAUCGCGCGCGCGGCAUCAAGCAGCUAUCCAUGGUCCUACGUUAAAAAACAUGCCGGUAUACUCGUACUCCAGCGAAAUAGCGCCAUAGCAGAAACAUUAAGUGCACUUUCGGCUUAUUAUUUGAUUGCAAAUUUGUGGAGCUACUUAAUUGGGCGAUGAUGUCACAUUGUACGCAGGAAGGAAAAGACCGGAUCAUCUUUGUGACCAAAGAGGAUCACGAUGAGCCCAUUCAGACAACAAAUGUAAAAGAUCUGGUCAACGAAGAUGAUGACGAUGAAGGAGAAGGUCUCAUCCUUUCCAACGGGGACAUCAACUGGAGCUGCCCCUGCCUUGGGGGCAUGGCCAGCGGACCCUGCGGGGUGGAAUUCCGAGAGGCGUUCUCCUGCUUCCACUUCAGCGAGGCGGAGGCCAAGGGAUCGGACUGCAUAGACAAGUUUCGCACCAUGCAGGAGUGCAUGGUGCAGUACCCGGAGCUGUACCCCGUCGGAGAGCAGAAGGAGAAGGAAAUGGUACAAGAGGCAGAGGAGGCGGCCCAAGAAGCGGGAGGAGACGCAGUCCAUCACAUCAGUGAACGCCAAGAAGCAGCUACACCAUUAGAUUCAGACACUGUUGACAGUGGAAUGAGCACUGUUGUGAACAAUGAAGAUGCUGUGGACAAGGCAUCUUCAGGAGCUUCAGCAGACAUUAUUACCGAUGAUGUUACUUCGAAGAAGGGGAGCAAGUCUUGAUGCUUGUCUAUCUCAAUCUAUAGACAUUUAUAUGAUAAUUUUUAGUGUUACCUUAAGUUUUAUAAUCGUUAUUUCCUGUGAUGAUUUUAUACUUGACAUGAUACUAUAAUGUUUUAAUACUCUUUUGCAUUUUGAAUUGUGGCCCUUCUCUGUGGAUUGCCGUUAGGAAUGAAGUCACCAAAAAGGACCAAUUUAUCGUAAUUAUAACUUUUCAAAACGAAUAACUUUCCUAUUAAAAAAGGAUGCAUAAGAUUACUACAUGUAGGUACCCAAUCACAUUUGCAUGAAUGUUACUGGUUUUAUAUGGGUCCAUUAGUUGAUUUUUAAAUUAGUCUAUAAAAGCAUACAUGUUUUCCCUCAUCCAGGUGUAACGUCUUUUCUCUCAGUUUGCAGUUUCCGUCUCAUAUUUAGAGCCAAUCGCCUUUUAAGUAGCAGAUCCCCAUUCAUUUCUGCCCUGUAUAUUUGUUUAUAAAAUCCAAAUAAAUGUGUGCUUGUUAAUGAAACAAGACAAGGCAAGACUAGUAAAUCUAGUCCCAGAGCACACUUGUUGAUUUAAUAAUUUCUGAAAGUUCUGUCGAAUAAUUUCAUGAAAGUACUUGAAACAAGCAGCACCAGACUAAUGCGUACAUGGUGUAUGUAUUUGUUCAUCACAUACACAGCAGUAAAGCUGCUCCCAAACAUGUAUACCAGCGCAGUCACAUGACAUGCAAUCAAUGGGAUAGGUAACCAGUCAAACUCGGAAGUGUCAGUCUGUCAGUAAAUUUACAAAGAGAACUAUACCUGGACACACUGGUACCAGCAAAAAUGCAUGUACAUGUAUUUUCAACCCCUGUUAAAAACAAGCGUUACAUAAUCCUGGUUUGUGUAAUGUGUAUGCAUGUACAGUCGAACAACUUUAUAACAAGGUCCUUGGGACUUAACAAAUUACCCUGUUAUAACAGGUACCUGGUAUUGACAGUAAUGGAAAACAAAGACUUGGGACCUAAUAUUUUGCUUGUAAUAAACAGCAUGUUCAUGUUGUAUUAACAGUGCUCUUCUUAUCAGUGUUCGACUGAACAUGCAUGUGCGUGCAUUUUAUUUCAUAGUUGCCAGUACAGUACAUUCAUGUUAGCAGAAUUGUGAGCCCAACCAUUUUUUUUUCUCAAUUAUUUCGGGGCCCAUUCCAUAAUGUACAUUGUAGCGUGUCUAUAAGGUUUGUGAAAAAGUUCAAACUCCAAAAAGUUUGUGGCGUGAUUGAGUUGGCUAUUGUGUGUGACAGAUUAAAUUCUUUACAAUCAUUUACUGUAA